AUGGCAAGAGAGGAGUUACGGGGCAAGAGACCUUUCAAGAUAUGGGACAGCUGGCGAAACGUAAGAAAAGGCCUGGUCGUUAGCAAUUUCGAGGAGCUGCUCCAUCGAGGGAAGGAAAAGCUGGGCGUGCCUCAAAACGAGAAUGUCUGCUUAGUACUCGAGUCGGAUGGGACUCAAGUCGAGGACGGGGAAUACUUCAAGACCUUAGCCAACAACACGAUCCUGCUUCUUCUAAGGCAUGGCGAACGGUGGUGUCCGACCGGAGUUGACAUCAUUCGCGCCGCGAUCUCGGCGAUCCCGAAAAUAGUCUGCGAGACGAUCCACGCGUUGGAGUUGCACGAUGAGACGCCCUCCUGGAAGAUCAUGGACAAUAAAGGCCGAGUCACGGUGGUCCUGCACUGGGACCAGCGGUCCAGCUCGCAGGUCCAGCAGCCGAAGGCCCAGGACGCGCAGAGCUCGAAGUACUCUCCCACGAAGAAGGCGGACCUGAGCUCCUCGCAGCGACCCUCUCUGGUGAUCCAGACGAGCUUGGACAAGCUGAACUACCCGGGCAAGCCGGGGCACCCGGGCGAGCUGGGCGGUCGCUACCCCAGCCCCCAAAUCACUGUGAUAAAUCAUGACGAUAUGGUACAGAAGAGUUUUACUAGUCCGAGUAAUAGUUCCUACGGGCCGAUCGUGGCUUCGGGCUCGAUAUCGUCGUCGUCGCAGCAUAGUAUGCCUAGCCGCCUCGUCAAGCAAGGUACUAAUUCUUUCGACAGUACCACCAUCCAUAUCCACACACCGGAGUGUUCUAACCACAUCCACCAGCCGGUGGCCCGGAACGGGAGCCCGGUCAACGGGCCCGACAGCGGGGCGCCCGGGGAGUGCGACUUCCACUGCUGCGCGCUGCACGAGGAGGGCCGGCGAAUCGCGGUGCACAAGUCGGUGGCCACCUCCCCCAUCCAGGACGCUCAGGCCCAGGCGCAGGCGCAGGCCCAAACCCCCUCCCCGCAGCCGCCCUCCUCGCUGUCGGACCCCGCGCGGCGACCGGGCCUGGUGAAGGGCCACGUGCGGUUCCGCGACACCGCCGAGGACGAGGCCCGGCUGACCAACUCGGGGCCCUACCACCUGCACCAGCACCACCAGGCCCACCAGGCGGCCCACCCGCGCAACAACCACCUCCACCAGGAGCACGAGAGCUCCGAGUCCGAGACCGAGAACACCAUCAUGGAGGACGAGAUCGUCACCUCGGAGAAGUUCUUGCUGCUGAUCGACCAGCUGACCGUCGACCAGAAGCACCACCUCAGCAUCAAGGACAUCGGCAUCAUCCUCGAGAGGCUCAGCUCCAAGAUCCUCGACGUCGAGAGGCUGGACCGCGAGAGCGAGAGCGAGGAGUGCUACAACUGGACCAUCAAGGCCAUCAUCCGCGGCGACGUCCUGCGCGAGCUCGGGGUUAUCUACAACGGGAACUACUACGCCAUCUCCGAGCACCCCGGGUACAAGGAGGAGUCCGAGGAGAACAACGAGGACAACGAGGAGGAGGAGGAGGACAGACUUUAA